CACUGGUGUUAUCAGAAAAAAAUUCAAUACAAGAAUCGUUGAGCAAAACAAAGUAGUUGACAUAUGAAUAUUUGUAUAUUUUGCAAGAAAAAUUUGUAAGGAGACAGAAAGGUUGGAAUUUUUAGAGCAACAAAAAUGGCAUUACCGGCUAAAGUUUUUACACUUUCGCGAAAUGGUCAACGAAUGUUUGGUACCAGUCUCCGUUUAUCUUCAACUGGCAAGGAUAUAGUAUCUGUUCCAAAAGGUUAUGUGUAUGUCAACAAUAAAGAAUUGAGCAUGGAAAUGAACGAGAUCACAGAUCGCGCUGCAACGACUAUGUUUCUAGGUGAACUGUUUCGGGGUUUUGCUGUAACUUUGGCGCAUAUAUUCAAAGAACCAGCCACUAUUAACUACCCCUUUGAAAAAGGUCCCUUAAGUCCACGUUUCCGCGGCGAACAUGCUCUUCGCCGAUAUCCCAGUGGGGAAGAGCGCUGCAUUGCUUGUAAAUUGUGCGAGGCCAUUUGUCCCGCACAGGCUAUCACUAUUGAAGCAGCAACACGAGCGGAUGGUAGCAGACGUACUACACGUUACGAUAUUGACAUGACCAAGUGCAUCUACUGUGGUUUUUGUCAGGAAGCCUGUCCUGUAGAUGCUAUUGUGGAGGGUCCAAAUUUCGAAUUCUCUACUGAGACUCACGAGGAAUUACUUUAUAAUAAAGAAAAGUUACUUUGCAACGGUGACAAGUGGGAGUCCGAAAUUGCAUCAAAUUUGCAAGCGGACCACUUAUACCGUUGAAAAUUGCGUUACGAACGUUAAAGAACUUAACUAUGGUUAAUUUUAUGAUAUAUCCAAUUAGUCUCAAUAAAUGCUUAUAAACAUUAUAUGCAACUAAAACGCAUCUCUUAA